UCUCUUUUUAAAGAAGAUAAUUUCGAAUCAGUAUGGUUCAGGACCAUUUCACAAAAACUCCAAUAUCUUGGUUUCUAAAUGGAAGUGCUUUUAAUUAUAGGGUUCCAAUACACAAUGAAAACUCCACACGCAAAUGAUGGUUUGAAUCCUGUUUACUGGCACAAACUGACAUCCAUAAACAACUACAUGAAGGUAUUGUUGGAGCUAAUGCUCCGUGCUCCCCACCACCUUAUAAAGCCUACCACCCAGGUGACCCUUAAUCCAGCCCCACCCCACUCAUUAGCAAUUGGGUCCUUCUUACUCCCCUCUGUGCUCCCAGCCAGCCAGCCACACCCCAGGCAUGGCAAGCAAGGCAGCUAUGAACUCAUCCUCGUGCGGCUCCAGGCUUCCUGCUCAGCAACACAUGCAGAAGCCAGGAGGGACAAGUACUGUCCAGGCCACCCAGAGACACUCCGCCGCCUGUCCAGUCCAGCUGUGGUGAGGGUGCCUUACAAAAUUACAGAGGAGGUCACCGUGGCUCUGGUGACGUCAUCAGACAGUGCCUGCAGUCUCUGGAGUGUGCAGUCAACACCAACCUGCUCUCCUGUGGCGAGAGAGUACAAGUGCUCUUGUACUGGGGCAUCUGGGAGAGUGCAUCCACUAAGAAGUUCUUUCCUCCCAGAAUGUAUCAGAUCAGUUGAAGUAUUGGGCCCAUAGCACUUGCUUCAGGGAGAGUUUAUGGGGUCCUCAGAUACUCCACGUUUUCAUGAUCUGUCCAUUCUUCAAAGGGGACCUUACUGCCUUCUAGGAACUGCCUCCAUGUUAGCAGGGCCCAACAAACCACAAAAGCUUAUUUCUCCCACCCUGCCCAAUGUCUCUCAGUCUCAUUUAGUUUGCAGGAUAUGUAGGCACAGGGCUGCAACUUUCCCCCUGUGUUCUUCUGGAGAAGGACUGACCAUUGUCAUAUUGCUUGCAUCUGUCUGUAUUACGAACAAUUUAUCUGGGUUUGGGUGUUUGAGGACCAGCUUAGCCUCAAAAAGCCAUUUGUGCUUCUUGAACACCACCUGGCAUUCCAUAGUCCAGUUUACC